GCACGGACGCCGGGAAGAAGGGGGUGGGGCCACGUUUGCGUCCGCGCCAUCAGGCCCGAGAUAGCGGCGAGGUCCGAUUUCAGUGUAUGGUUUUCCCUGCCAAACGGUUCUGCUUGGUGCCAUCCAUGGAGGGCGUGCGCUGGGCCUUUUCCUGCGGCACUUGGCUGCCGAGCCGAGCCGAAUGGCUGCUGGCAGUGCGAUCGAUUCAGCCCGAGGAGAAGGAGCGCAUUGGCCAGUUCGUCUUUGCCCGGGACGCUAAGGCAGCCAUGGUACUACAGGUCUUUUUUUGUAUUUAGAGCCUAGGAAGCAGAUCUUGGGGGAGGCGGGCCGGGCUGUGGAGACCCGACACUCCCGCGCUGGCGGCGACCCUCUCGCUGUGGAGCCUGUGGCCGGCCCGGGCGACAGCAGCCGGCGCUGCGGAGUUGCGGGCGACGCACGGCCUGGUUUCCACGGCCUUUGUAACCGCCUUGGAGGCCGCGAUGGCUGUAAACAUUAUCUCUUUCCCCUUGUUAUUUCAAAUGGAGACCCUCCUAAACCAUGAAGUAAGUGUAGGGAAGGCCGACAAAAUUGGGUUUUUCUGUAAUGAAUGUUUUUAUGUCUUUAUCUUUAAAUGUUAUUUUUUUUGUUUGCGUGGGUUCAUAGCCCAUGCUUAUUCUGCCUGUUAAAUAUCCCAUCAUUCUCCAAGGACUCCCUGCACGUGGUAGGCCCUAGAAAUUAUUGACAGUAUGAUUUAGUUUGUAGCCCUGCGCUCACCGGGAUUGAAGCCAAUGAAAUUGAAGCCAGAGAGGAUACCUUCCUCACUAGAUGCCAUGGGAAACGGCUGGUCGUCUGAUGAUAAGGAAAUUAGUUGCAGAGAAAUUGAAUAUCCCUUGGAAUCAUAUUCGUUUGCAAAGAACUGCAAAAGGAAAACCAGUUCUUGCAAAGGACUCAUCGAAUCCUUACCCGAAUUUCAACUUUAACAUCUCUCAUCAAGGAGACUAUGCAGUGCUUGCUGCUGAACCUGAGCUGCAAGUUGGAAUUGAUAUAAUGAAGACUAGUUUUCCAGGUCGUGGUUCAAUUCCAGAAUUCUUUCAUAUUAUGAAAAGAAAGUUUACCAACAAAGAAUGGGAAACAAUCAGAAGCUUUAAGGAUGAAUGGACUCAGCUGGAUAUGUUUUAUAGGAAUUGGGCACUUAAGGAAAGCUUCAUAAAAGCCAUUGGUGUUGGACUAGGAUUUGAAUUGCAGCGGCUUGAAUUUGAUCUAUCUCCAUUAAACUUGGAUAUAGGCCAAGUUUAUAAAGAAACACGUUUAUUCCUGGAUGGAGAGGAAGAAAAAGAAUGGGCAUUUGAGGAAAGCAAAAUAGAUGAGCACCAUUUUGUUGCAGUUGCUCUUAGGAAACCCGAUGGAUCUAGACAUCAGGAUGUUCCAUCUCAGGAUGAUUCCAAACCAACCCAGAGGCAAUUUACUAUUCUCAACUUUAAUGAUUUAAUGUCAUCUGCUGUUCCCAUGACACCUGAAGAUCCUUCAUUUUGGGACUGUUUUUGCUUCACAGAAGAAAUUCCAAUACGAAAUGGUACAAAGUCAUGAUGAUUCCCUGAGUAACAAAGGGAAAUGAAAACUGUUUGUGAUCUUCCGUAUUCACUGAAAAAUAAAUGCUUGUUUAGUAUCAAAUUUUAUUUCACGAAAGUUUUUUUUAAAGAACAGAAACUUUUCCAGUUAAAAAAAAAAAGCAGACUUCUGGUUCAAGAUAGCUCACUGGAAUACAUGUUUACCUCUUUCUUUCCUAAAUUGCAUUGAAUUGAUAGGAAGGAUGGCGGAAUCUUAAAGUGAUACAUGCUAACUGUAGAAAAAAAUAGAAAAUGCACAUAAGCAAAAGGAAACAUUUAAAUGCUAUCUUUCAAAGAUAACUACUCUUAAAACCUUGAGUAUCUUUUCAGACCUUUUUCUUGGCAAAUGAAUCCAUAUUGACAUAUUUGAUUUUUUUAAAAACAUGGAAACGUACUGUUUUGCAAAUUCUUUUUAACUGCACAUCUACUGUUCAUAAAUAUACCUCUGUAACAUAACUUUUUGUGGUUCUAAUGUACUCUGUUGUAUAGCUAAUACAAGUUAGGAUGCUUUUGGCCAGAGGUAACAGUGUCCAAAUAUAAUUGGCCUAAGUAACCUAGGAAAUUGUUUGACAUAACACAGGGUUCAGGGGUGUCAUUAAAGACACACUUUUUUUGCCUUGACCUCAGUUGGUUUGUUUUGCCUUAGGCUAUUCCACCUCUCGAUCACAAGAGCUGCUGCUAUAACUUCCAGUUUUACAUCUUUGUAAAAUUGUAUCUCAAAGGCAGAAAAGGCCAUUUCGUCUCUCAUUUGUUUUAUCCAUGAGGAAGAUUUUUAACAAAAGCCUCCAGAAGAUUUCCCCUCAGUUUCCAUUGACUUAGAUCAGGUUACAGAGAAAGGCAAUGUCUGACAUUUUUGGUCUCUGUUAGAAGUAGACUCUGUUGAAAAGAAAGAAGCUAAGCUAGGUGUGAAGAAUGGAAUUAGAAGCCCACUGCCUUCCCAUAAGAAAGGUUUACCAUAAUUUACUCACUUUUUUCUGUGUUAGACAUUUUGAUUAUUUGCAGUUUAUUACUACAAGCAGUGGCAGAGUGAAUGUCCUUGUACAUUUUGAGUUACAUGCUUAAUUAUGUCCUUGAGAAAGUUUCUAAAAGUGGAAUGAUUGGUUUGACUGGUUCAUCGGGCUUUAAUUAUACAAUUUACCCCUCUAAUUAGUACUAUAUGUAUGUGACUUCCCUCCCCCCGCCAGAAUCCUCCUUGGUCAAUUGUAGGUAUUCUUUUUGAUUUAAUUUUUGCCAAUGUAAUUAAAAAAUGGUAUGUCACUUUUAAAAUUUGUAUUUCUUUCAUUACAAAUAAGGUUGUUAUGUCAGUGUUGUUAUUGGCUUUCCGUAUUCCUCUUAACGUGAACCGUCUGUUCAUUGUCUUUACCUGUUUUCGUUUUAGCAAGUAGUACUUAAUUUAAAGUGUGAACAUAAUAUAUAAGAUGCCAGGACCAUCAUAUUGAUGACAAAAAUCUAUUAUGUGGUUGUAGUGCAUGUCUUGGAGUUAAACUCUUAAGUAUCAAGAAGUAAAAUAAUUUCAUUGUUUCUGUUACUAACAUUAAAAGUGUGCAAAUUGUAUAAAAUUAGGUACUUUGAUUAGUAAAAGAAAAAAAUUUGAAUUUUUUUAUUUUAUUUUAUUAAGCAUGCCCAGUUAUGCCAAGCAUAGUAAAUAAAGGUCAAGUAGCAUUUAUAAUAGAGGAAGUAUUGUUAUCCCUAGCAUGAGUGUAAUGGUGAUAUGAAAAACUUUGUCUUGUCAUUAUAAUAAUAAAAAAAUGAACAUUUAUUAUGGAAUUUC